CCGUUCCCUCUCCGCCCCCCGCCGCUUUCCUCUCGCGCACGCACGCUCCCUCCCUCCCUCCCUCCGUCGCCGCACACGUAGGGGUGGGGGGGCCGAGGGGCAGGCGGGCCGCGGCCUGGGCCUCGCCGCUGCGGCGUGAGUGACAGCCCCGGAGGGGGUGGGGGAGAGCGACGGGGGCGGGGAGCGCGUCACGCCGUUUGGGUGGCGGGGCCGCUGCCGCCGCUGCGUUAGGUCGGGGCCUUGCAGCGCGAGCCGGACGCGGAAGGCUCUGCCGGGGCCGCCAUCUUUCCCGGGGCCCCGCUAGACGGAGGUGCGCUGCCGCCGCCGGGAACGCGAGGAAGCCGCCGCCGCCGCGUCUCGCCUCGCUCCCUCCUUCCUUCUCCCCACCUCCACCUUCCCCUCCCCCUCCCGCACGCACGGAGCCGUCAGCGCACAGCGCUCCAGCCGCCCGGGCCGGCCCCUCCGCUGCCACCUUCCUUCCUGCCUGCCUGCCUGCCCCCGCGCGCCGCGGACGUUGCCGCCCAGCCGAGCUCCGGGCCCCGGCGAGAGGAGCGCGGUGCGUGUGCGCCCCCUCCCCCACGUGCGCCCCGGUCCGUGGACGGGGCGGAGCGGAGCGCGCAGGCCCCGGCCAAGCCCCAGCCGGAGCCGAAGCCCAGGGCCGCCGGGCAGGAGCUGGUGACGCAGGAAAAACGCCCCGGCGGUGCCGCCGGCGCCGGAGAGAGCGAAGCGGCCGGGUCCGGGAUCUGAAGCGCGGGCAGCGUUGGAAGCUUCGCCCUCCCGCUUCCCGUCGCAGUACACGGCGUCUGCCUGGGGUGUGUGUGUGGGGGGAACCGGGGAAGCGGAGCCGCCCCCUCCGUCAGCCAGCUGCACGCCCGGGAUCGCGGGGCCUGGCAUGAGACUCUGCCCUGCUGGCCGCCUGGGAUGAGGCAGUCCCCGGCCGCGCUCCUUCGGCAGCACCAAGGAGGGCACCGGGCCGUCGCAGCAGCAGCCGCGGGACGAGGGGAAGCCGUGUGGGGGUUAUGCAAUGGUCUCUGCAAGAUGGCAUGUUCUUGAGUUGGAGCUUUUUAAGGCAAGCAUAUGCUGGUACUUCAACUUUACUAAGUGGACUAUAAUUUCUUCUCUCACAACAACUACAUAAGCAGACAAAAUUGCAAAGAUCUGCCCUGUGUCGAGUAUGACAGCCACGACUCGUGGCUCUCCAGUAGGAGGGAAUGAUAGCCAGGGCCAGGCUCCUGAUGGACAGUCCCAGCCUCCCCUCCAGCAGAAUCAGACUUCUUCACCUGAUUCUUCCAAUGAGAACUCCCCAGCUACCCCGCCUGAUGAGCAGGGCCAAGCAGAUGCUCCACCCCAGCUUGAAGAUGAGGAGCCUGCAUUUCCACACACAGACCUGGCAAAGUUGGAUGACAUGAUCAACAGGCCUCGAUGGGUGGUUCCUGUAUUGCCGAAAGGGGAAUUAGAAGUUCUUCUAGAAGCUGCUAUUGAACUAAGUAAAAAAGGCCUUGAUGUCAAAAGUGAAGCAUGCCAGCGAUUUUUUCGAGAUGGGUUGACAAUAUCUUUCACAAAAAUCCUUACAGAUGAGGCAGUGAGUGGCUGGAAGUUUGAGAUCCAUAGAUGUAUUAUUAACAACACUCAUCGACUAGUGGAACUAUGUGUGGCCAAGCUGUCCCAGGAUUGGUUUCCCCUUCUUGAGCUUCUUGCCAUGGCCUUAAAUCCUCACUGCAAAUUCCAUCUAUACAAUGGUACUCGUCCCUCAGAAACAGUUCCUGCAGGAGUCCAGCUCGCUGAAGAUGAACUUUAUGCCCGUCCUCCUGACCCACGAUCACCAAAGGGUUGGCUAGUAGAUCUUAUCAACAAGUUCGGCACAUUAAAUGGAUUUCAGAUCUUGCAUGAUCGCUUCAUGAGUGGAUCAGCAUUGAAUGUUCAGAUAAUUGCAGCUCUCAUCAAGCCAUUUGGACAAUGUUACGAAUUUCUAACAUUACAUACAGUGAAGAAAUACUUCCUUCCAAUUAUAGAAAUGGUUCCACAAUUUUUAGAAAAUUUAACAGAUGAUGAACUGAAAAAAGAAGCAAAGAAUGAAGCCAAAAAUGAUGCUCUGUCAAUGAUAAUCAAAUCUCUAAAGAACUUAGCUUCAAGAGUACCUGGACAAGAAGAAACUGUAAAAAACUUAGAAAUAUUUAGGUUAAAAAUGAUACUUAGGUUGUUACAAAUUUCUUCUUUCAAUGGUAAAAUGAAUGCACUAAAUGAAGUUAACAAGGUAAUAUCCAGUGUGUCAUAUUAUACUCAUCGGCAUGGUAAUCCUGAAGAGGAAGAAUGGCUUACAGCUGAAAGAAUGGCAGAAUGGAUCCAGCAGAAUAAUAUUUUAUCAAUUGUGUUGAGAGAUAGUCUUCAUCAACCUCAAUAUGUAGAGAAGUUAGAGAAAAUUCUCCGUUUUGUCAUCAAAGAGAAAGCCCUCACUUUGCAGGAUCUUGACAACAUUUGGGCUGCACAGGCAGGAAAACAUGAAGCCAUUGUAAAAAAUGUACAUGAUCUCCUUGCAAAAUUAGCUUGGGAUUUCUCCCCUGAACAGCUUGAUCACCUGUUUGAUUGUUUUAAGGCAAGUUGGACAAAUGCAAGCAAGAAACAGCGUGAGAAACUACUUGAGUUAAUUCGUCGUCUUGCAGAGGACGACAAGGAUGGUGUGAUGGCACACAAAGUGCUGAACCUUUUGUGGAAUUUGGCUCAUAGUGAUGAUGUACCAGUUGAUAUCAUGGACCAGGCUCUUAGUGCCCAUAUUAAAAUCUUAGAUUACAGCUGUUCACAGGAUCGAGAUACACAAAAGAUCCAGUGGAUAGAUCGUUUUAUAGAAGAGCUUCGCACAAAUGACAAAUGGGUCAUUCCUGCACUGAAACAAAUUAGAGAAAUCUGUAGUUUAUUUGGUGAAGCGCCACAAAACUUGAGUCAAACUCAGCGAAGUCCCCACGUGUUUUACCGACAUGACUUAAUCAAUCAACUUCAGCACAAUCAUGCCCUAGUUACAUUGGUUGCAGAAAAUCUCUCUGCCUAUAUGGAAAGCAUGAGGCAGUAUGCUAAAGAGCAUGGUGAAUAUGAUCCUCAAACUGUAAGACCAGGAAGCAGAUACAGUCAUGUACAGGAAGUACAGGAGCGACUUAACUUCUUACGAUUUUUAUUGAAGGAUGGUCAGCUGUGGCUCUGUGCCCCGCAGGCGAAGCAAAUAUGGAAGUGUUUAGCUGAAAAUGCAGUUUAUCUUUGUGAUCGCGAAGCCUGUUUUAAAUGGUAUUCCAAACUAAUGGGGGAUGAACCAGACUUAGACCCUGACAUUAAUAAGGACUUCUUUGAAAAUAAUGUGCUUCAGCUGGAUCCUUCCCUAUUAACAGAAAAUGGAAUGAAAUGUUUUGAACGUUUCUUCAAAGCUGUGAACUGUCGAGAAGGAAAGCUAGUAGCAAAAAGGCGAGCCUAUAUGAUGGAUGAUUUGGAAUUAAUAGGAUUAGACUACCUUUGGAGGGUUGUGAUUCAGGGAAAUGAUGACAUCGCAAACAGAGCUAUCGAUCUUCUUAAAGAGAUCUAUACUAAUCUCGGCCCAAGGUUACAAGUUAAUCAGGUGGUGAUUCAUGAAGACUUCAUUCAGUCCUGUUUUGAUCGUCUGAAAGCCUCCUAUGAUACAUUAUGUGUGUUGGAUGGAGAUAAAGACAGUAUCAAUUGUGCAAGACAAGAAGCAAUACGAAUGGUGAGAGUGUUGACUGUGUUAAGAGAGUAUAUAAAUGAAUGUGACAGUGAUUACCAUGAAGAGAGAACUAUUCUACCUAUGUCAAGAGCUUUCCGUGGUAAACAUAUCACACUAGUAGUUCGUUUUCCAAACCAAGGACGACAAGUGGAAGAUUUGGAUAUUUGGUCUCACACAAACGACACAAUUGGCCAAGUACGGCGUUGUAUUCUCAACCGUAUUAAAGCCAAUAGCGCGCACACAAAAGUAGAACUGUUCAUUGGUGGUGAGCUGGUGGAUCCUGCAGAUGAUAGAAAAUUAAUUGGGCAGUUGAAUCUCAAAGAUAAAACGCUUAUUACAGCGAAGCUUACACAGAUAAAUUCUAAUAUGCCCUCAAGUCCAGAUAGUUCUUCUGACUCUUCAACUGGUUCUCCGGGCAACCAUGGCAAUCACUACAGUGAUGGUCCAAAUCCAGAAGUUGAAAGCUGUUUGCCUGGAGUGAUCAUGUCCCUGCAUCCUCGAUACAUCUCUUUUCUUUGGCAAGUUGCAGACUUGGGCAGUAGUCUAAAUAUGCCACCUCUUAGAGAUGGAGCACGUGUACUUAUGAAGCUCAUGCCACCAGAUAACACUACGGUUGAGAAACUAAGAGCUAUUUGUUUAGAUCAUGCAAAGCUUGGGGAAAGCAGCCUUAGUCCAUCCCUUGAUUCUCUAUUCUUUGGUCCUUCUGCCUCACAAGUGCUGUAUCUAACAGAGGUAGUUUAUGCCUUGUUGAUGCCUGCCAGUGCACCUCUGGGAGAAGAUGCCAGCGACUUUCAAUACAACUUCUUAAAAAGUGGUGGCUUGCCUCUUGUAUUGAGCAUGCUCACUAGAAAUAACUUCCUGCCAAAUGCAGAUAUGGAAACUCGAAGGGGUGCCUACCUUAAUGCUCUAAAAAUAGCCAAAUUAUUGCUAACAGCAGUUGGAUAUGGCCAUGUUCGAGCUGUGGCAGAAGCUUGUCAGCCAGUUGUGGAAGGCACAAGUACAAUUUCCCCGAUAAAUCAGGCUACGCAUGACCAGGCGGUGGUGCUACAAAAUGCCUUACAAAACAUUCCUAAUCCAACUUCAGAAUGCAUGCUAAGAAAUGUAGCAAUACGUCUUGCACAGCAAAUAUCUGAUGAGGCUUCAAAAUAUAUCCCUGAUAUCUGUGUUAUUAGGGCAGUACAAAAAAUUGUUUGGGCAUCAGGUUGUGGGUCCGUUCAGCUGGUUUUCAGCUCGAAUGAGGAAAUUAGUAAAAUCUACGAAAAGACAAAUGCAGGAAAUGAACCAGACACAGAAGAUGAACAAGUUUGCUGUGAAGCAUUGGAGGUGAUGACCCUGUGUUUUGCUUUGAUUCCAACAGCACUGGAUGCACUCAGUAAAGAAAAGGCAUGGCAGACAUUUAUCAUUGAUUUGCUAUUGCACUGUCACAGCAAAACUGUUCGUCAGAUGGCACAGGAGCAAUUCUUUUUAAUGGCUACCAGGUGUUGCAUGGGACAGAGACCUCUCCUUUUCUUCAUUACCCUGCUGUUUACUGUCCUAGGGAGUACUGCAAGAGAGCGAGCUAAGCAUUCUGGAGACUACUUCACUCUCUUAAGACAUCUUCUUAACUAUGCUUACAACAGUAGUAUUAAUGUACCCAAUGCUGAAGUUCUUCUCAAUAAUGAAAUUGACUGGCUUAAGAGGAUUAGGGAUGAAGUAAAAAGAACAGGGGAAACGGGUGUCGAAGAAACUAUCUUAGAGGGUCACCUUGGAGUAACAAAAGAGUUGUUAGCAUUCCAGACACCUGAGAAGAAAUACCAUAUUGGUUGUGAAAAAGGAGGUGCUAAUCUCAUUAAAGAGUUGAUAGAUGAUUUCAUCUUUCCAGCAUCUAAUGUUUAUCUACAGUACAUGAGAAAUGGAGAAUUGCCUGCUGAGCAGGCCAUACCAGUCUGUAGUUCACCAGCUACUAUUAACGCUGGGUUUGAGCUACUAGUUGCACUAGCAGUUGGAUGUGUACGAAAUCUCAAACAGAUAGUAGACACGUUGACUGAAAUGUAUUACAUAGGUACAGCAAUCACUACUUGUGAAGCGCUUACAGAAUGGGAAUAUCUACCACCCGUUGGGCCUCGACCACCAAAGGGAUUUGUAGGGCUGAAAAAUGCUGGUGCCACUUGUUACAUGAAUUCUGUCAUUCAGCAGCUGUACAUGAUUCCAGCCAUCAGGAAUGGGAUUCUUGCAAUUGAAGGCACAGGCAGUGAUGUAGAUGAUGACAUGUCUGGGGAUGAAAAGCAGGACAAUGAGAGCAAUGUUGACCCAAGAGAUGAUGUGUUUGGUUAUCCACAUCAGUAUGAAGACAAACCAGCACUGAGUAAAACAGAAGAUAGAAAAGAGUACAAUAUUGGAGUUCUGAGGCAUCUCCAAGUAAUUUUUGGUCAUUUAGCAGCUUCCAGGCUACAGUACUAUGUACCAAGAGGGUUUUGGAAACAAUUUAGACUUUGGGGUGAACCUGUAAAUCUACGUGAACAACAUGAUGCUUUAGAAUUUUUUAAUUCCUUGGUGGACAGUUUAGAUGAAGCUUUAAAAGCUUUGGGCCAUCCAGCAAUGUUAAGUAAAGUUCUAGGGGGGUCAUUUGCUGAUCAGAAGAUUUGUCAAGGAUGCCCACAUCGGUACGAAUGCGAGGAAUCCUUCACAACUCUGAAUGUAGAUAUAAGAAAUCACCAAAACCUUCUUGAUUCUUUGGAACAGUAUGUCAAAGGAGAUUUAUUGGAAGGAGCAAAUGCAUAUCAUUGUGAAAAAUGCAACAAAAAGGUUGAUACAGUGAAACGCUUGUUGAUUAAGAAGUUGCCUCCAGUUCUUGCAAUCCAGUUGAAACGAUUUGAUUAUGACUGGGAAAGGGAAUGUGCAAUCAAGUUCAAUGACUAUUUUGAAUUUCCACGAGAGCUGGACAUGGAGCCUUACACGGUGGCAGGUGUAGCUAAAUUGGAAGGAGAUGAUGUGAAUCCUGAAAAUCAGAUAAUACAAAAUGAACAGUCUGAAAAUGAACACUCUGGGAGCACAAAAUACAGGCUUGUUGGUGUACUUGUACACAGUGGCCAGGCCAGUGGUGGACAUUAUUACUCCUACAUUAUUCAGAGGAAUGGUGGAGAUGGUGAGAAGAAUCGGUGGUAUAAAUUUGAUGAUGGAGAUGUGACAGAGUGUAAAAUGGAUGAUGAUGAAGAAAUGAAAAAUCAGUGUUUUGGUGGAGAGUACAUGGGAGAAGUAUUUGAUCACAUGAUGAAGCGUAUGUCCUACAGACGCCAGAAGAGGUGGUGGAAUGCUUAUAUUCUUUUUUAUGAACGUAUGGACACAAUAGACAAAGACAAUGAACUAAUAAAAUAUAUUUCAGAACUCUCUAUCACCAUUAAACCCCAUCAGAUUAAAAUGCCGUCGGCCAUUGAACGAAGCGUACGGAAGCAGAACGUGCAGUUCAUGCAUAAUCGUAUGCAGUAUAGCCUAGAAUAUUUCCAGUUCAUAAAGAAGUUGCUUACUUGUAACAGUGUCUACUUAAAUCCUCCUCCAGGACAAGAUCAUCUGUUGCCUGAAGCAGAAGAAAUAACUAUGAUUAGUAUUCAGCUCGCUGCUAGAUUUCUCUUCACCACAGGAUUUCAUACGAAGAAAAUAGUCCGUGGCCCUGCUAGUGAUUGGUAUGAUGCGUUAUGCAUCCUUCUUCGUCACAGCAAGAAUGUACGCUUUUGGUUUGCACACAACGUCCUUUUUAAUGUUUCAAACCGCUUCUCUGAGUAUCUUCUGGAAUGCCCUAGUGCAGAAGUGAGGGGUGCAUUUGCAAAACUUAUAGUAUUUAUUGCACAUUUCUCAUUGCAAGACGGACCAUGUCCUUCACCUUUUGCCUCUCCUGGACCUUCCAGUCAGGCUUAUGAUAACUUAAGUUUAAGUGAUCACUUACUGAGAGCGGUACUAAAUCUUCUAAGAAGGGAAGUAUCUGAACAUGGACGCCAUUUGCAACAGUAUUUCAAUCUGUUUGUGAUGUAUGCCAAUUUAGGUGUAGCAGAGAAGACUCAACUUCUGAAACUGAGUGUUCCUGCAACCUUCAUGCUUGUGGCUCUGGAUGAAGGUCCAGGUCCUCCAAUUAAAUACCAGUAUGCUGAACUGGGGAAGCUGUACACUGUUGUGUCGCAACUGAUCCGUUGUUGCAAUGUGUCAUCACGGAUGCAGUCUUCUAUCAAUGGUAAUCCCCCACUUGCCAACCCUUAUGGUGAUCCUAAUUUAUCGCAGCCUAUAAUGGCACUUCAGCAGAACGUAACAGACAUUUUGUUUGUGAGAACUAGUUAUGUGAAGAAAAUUAUUGAAGAUUGCAGCAACUCUGAAGAGACCAUCAAGUUGCUUCGUUUCUGCUGUUGGGAGAAUCCUCAGUUCUCUUCAACUGUCCUCAGUGAGCUUCUUUGGCAGGUUGCAUAUUCAUAUACAUAUGAGCUUCGACCAUAUUUGGAUCUGCUUCUACAAAUCCUUUUAAUUGAGGACUCUUGGCAAACUCACAGGAUUCACAAUGCACUUAAAGGAAUCCCGGAUGACAGGGAUGGGCUGUUUGACACCAUUCAGCGCUCUAAGAACCAUUAUCAGAAAAGAGCUUACCAGUGUAUAAAGUGCAUGGUAGCUCUCUUCAGCAACUGUCCUGUAGCCUACCAGAUCCUUCAGAGCAAUGGGGAUUUGAAGAGAAAAUGGACCUGGGCAGUAGAAUGGCUUGGAGAUGAGCUUGAGCGUAGACCAUACACUGGCAAUCCCCAAUACACCUAUAAUAAUUGGUCUCCACCGAUACAAAGCAAUGAAACAUCAAAUGGCUACUUCCUAGAGAGAUCACACAGUGCUAGAAUGACUCUUGCAAAAGCUUGUGAACUCUGUCCAGAGGAGGAACCAGACGAUCCUGAUGCCCCAGAUGAACAUGAGUCUUCUCCACCUGAAGAUGCCCCACUGUAUCCCCAUUCACCUGGUUCCCAGUAUCAACAGAAUAACCACGUGCAUGGACAGCCAUAUACAGGCCCGGCAGCACAUCAUAUGAACAACCCUCAGCGAACUGGCCAACGAGCACAAGAAAAUUAUGAAGGCAGUGAAGAAGUUUCCCCGCCUCAGACAAAAGAUUAGUGAAAUGCACAUAAUCAAUUAACUUGCUCCAUCAAGACUGUGCACCCAGGCCUUACAGUCCAACCUUUCUCUGUGUCUGGCUAAUAUUUAAAACUAGAAAAACUAUUCCUAAUCAACAUGGAGUGGAGAGUCUAUUCACUGUCUUAUCUGCAGAAAAUUGCUGUCAAUAUAUAACCCGCCUGCAGUGGAAAGUGUAUAGUGUUUUGUAAUAAAUGGCCUGAUGCUAAUGUGUAAAUGGCAAAGGUGUAUAUAGUAUAUUAAUGUUUGACUGUUAAUUCUUGAGCAAGAAACUUUUUUUUUUGUCUUGAUGAGACUCACAGAUCUACAAAAAAAAAAAAAAACCAACAAAAAAAAUAAUUUCUUGAUAUAUCUGCUGCGCUCUGCAACCAGUGUUGCCUGCCUCAUGGCAGUCGGAUCAACUCCUUUACGAAAAAGCCUAUCCAUGUCAACCACAAGAAUAGUUUCAUGUUAAUUCUUUGCCACUGGAGUCGAUUUUACUAUGAGCAACGUAAUGGCUGGUAACCUUUUAAUUAUUUGGUUGAUGUGGAAAAUUGGUGAUGUAACAUUGUUUCUAGAUCUUUUUUCAUUGCCUUUUUCAUUCUGGUAUUAGGUUAAUCACUUUGAAGCUAUAGUUAUGCUGUAACAUUUAGCAUGGCUUCACACCAAGUUAGUGUAGCCAAUGAGGGGGAAAAAAAAAAACGUGACAGCAGUUGUCCCAAUGUGACAACUGCAUUGCUCAGAACUUUUUCUUCUUACACCUAGACUAUAAAAUGGGGAGGGAAAAUGUGACAAACAAGUGGUUUUCAGUUUCACAUAUGUUCCUCACAUCUGAUGUUUGACAGUUCUGUCUCUGGGUGGGAUAAAGAACACUUAGUUUUCAGUAAUAGGAAUUUAAAAGAUUUAAAACAAAUAUGCAAAAAUUUGCUAUGCCAGGAUGCCUGGAGCAUAAUAGACUGUAUUUGGUGUGCUUGUUUUGUUUCUUUGGUAGAGCUUACUAGAUAAACUUCUAACACUUUCCUUCUACUGCAUCCCAGUGAAGUGGAAGUCAACGAAAUCACACAGUACUUGUGAGUGCCACUGCACCAAGUUAACUUGCUGGUUUUCUGCUCGUUCACAGUUCUACUUGAAAGCGAGAAUUGUCUUAGCUCUUUAUCCAUUAUACAGGAAAUCUUAACAUUAGAAGCAGGGUUUAAUUAUAAAAGAAACUACUGGUUAGUCAAAUACAAUUCUGAGGUAUCUCUAUUCCAGAAUAAACAUUUGUUUAAAGACUUAAAGAACCGCAUCAGUAAAUACUGUAUUUAAAUGAAAAUUGGUAACUUGAAUGUGUGUAAUUUUUUUGGAACCUGUCUAAAAACCAAAUACCCCUGCAAAACAGAUACAGCCCACCCUAUACUAUUUAAAUAUUUUGCUGUUUUAUUUUAUAGAAAUUAUUUUGCUGAAUUCACAAAUAGAAUUUGAUUUAAGAAGAAUGUUUUGUCCUGUGGUGUGUGUUGUUUUUUUUGGUUUUGUUUUUUGGCUUUUUUUUAAUGGACUGCACAGAAACGUGAAUUCUGUGCAGUGGCACCAUGCUGAAUUCUGGAACAACAGUCACAUUGAGAUUCUGUGCACGAAAAAAAAAUUGGCCCUUAAGAAUAAAAUAAUCAGGACAAUUACACUGUAAAAGUUUCUUAAUGUGAUUUAUCUUGUACUUUUUGUAUGUUUUUAUAUAUACAUAUAUAUAUAUUUAAUGAGCACAAGCUUGAUGGUGUUUUUUACAAAUGAGUUGAUAGAAACAAAGCUGCUUAUCAAAUUAAAGGUCUGUAGUUUUGAAAUGGACAAAGGAAAAUUCGAUCACAAGUGCAUUCUUAUGCAUUUAGUGUAGCAAAGAAGGGACACGGAAGAUUUUUGAAUAUGCUGUGUUUCAGUGAUCUCCUUUAUGCUUCCGUGUUUUCCCUCGUGCUCAAGUUAAUUCAGAUUUUUUUCACAGUUUUUUAGUAAUACCAUUUUACCUGGACUUAGUAAACCUGGAUGAAGCAUUCCCAUUUAUGUUUGGGAAUGCGUGUUGGAGGUUUUAACUCAAAAGUUCUACCCCCAGUGCUCAAGCUGAAAGCGUUCGUAUUUAUUUGGACCAGUAAUUGUUAAGCUAUCUCAGAGGUCAUUAUUCUGUAUUUUUUACUAAUAGGUAAAAUAUAUAAAGUGCUAGUUCAGCCUUGCCAAAUGUGUUUGCUUUUAAUAGUGCAAUGAUUGUAGAGACACGUCAAACCUGUGACACUUCAAGGCUGGGACUCUUCAGUCAUACACCCCCCAUCCCGUGAAUUGAGAAUGACUGCAGUGGCAGUUGUUUUUCAGGCGGCAAAUGGAGAAUAUUGUGCAUCUUUGUGACUUUGAAGAAGGAUAAGCCUGUAUUGUUUGUUGCAGCUGCUGCUUCUAAAAGGCUAGCUACAGUGAAGAGUGCAACAUUCUCUUCACUCUGGGCAAAACAAGUUUGAAUUGUACUUGAUGAAUAUCGUACAAGUAAAAAGCUUCAUAUGCAUGUUACUGUCACAGCAUUUUGGCAGCAGUCGUUUUCAGGCAAUACGCAGUACCUCAUUGUUGAUGGCACACUUUAAAUACUAGUCCUCAAAGUGCCUAAAGAUUUGAUUCCCCCAUCACUAAUUUCAGUCCUCUCUUCUGUUUAGAACAGUUACUAGGGGAUCUGUGGUCUUCCACAAAAUGAGCCAAUAAAUAGCAAAGCGAUUACUCAUGUUCCUGACAAUGUAAAAUCAAAUACAUGGAAACUGAAAAUUCAUAGGUGGUGCUGUAUGGUGGUUAAUGUGUAGUUUUACUGGGGCAGAAUUUCUCCCUCUUGUACAUUUGGAUUUAGGUUGUUUAGUGACUUAAGUGAGCUUUUAACACUUGCUGCUGUUAGUGUUAAAAAAGAUCGGUACAGCCAUAUAUGAAAGGAAUUCAGUUACUAUUUGUGCAUCCCUACUUGUCCUAAGUUUUGGUCACAGAGUUGGUCACCUACACUUGUGUUACCCCACUGACAACAAUGAGAUUGCACAGGGUUCAGUCAAAGCUUAUUUGCCCUGCAGAACCUACUUCCGUGGUGAUGCACAAGCAGGAAAGGACUCUGCUUGACUUGGAAUUUCUCAGAUUAUUUUGCCUGCUAAUUACCAGCUCUGAAAAUUUAAGUUCUCUGUUUUUCAAGCUAGUGUAUCUUGCUGAAAUUGAGCCAGGAAGAAAUGAAAUUCCACAAUGACAUUUCUAUUAUUUUUUUUUUUUUCUCUGGAGUGAGAUUUGUAGACUACAUGAGAAACUUGUGUACAGUAAAUGCUAUUAUGCCUUUUCAGCCACUUUGUUGUGCCUAGCUUGUGUGUUUUAGUUUAUGUGUCAUGAAAAAGCACUUAAGGUUCCAAAACUUUCUGUAUAUUUCCUAAGUUCCAGGAGAGAAUGACAUCAGCCAUUCUGCCAGACCUAAAAAAGGCAAAAAUUGGCUGCUGUAGCAAUUAACUUCAUUCUUGUUUCAAUCAAUUUUGUCUACCUCUCUGUCUUUUGCCGGAAAUGAAUAGGCUGGUGAACUGUGUCGAGGCAAAGUGGCUCAACAUUUUUGUUGGGCUGUUUCAGUCACUAGCCAUUGAUUGCAGUGAAGCUUUCCAUGCAACGACUUUAGCUUCAGAUGAAAGUUAAAGGCUAACUAUAUAAAUUAGAGGAAGAAGUGGCAUGUUGGUAGAUCUACAGGGUAACCAAUUAAGUGUUUAAAUAUCUUUGUUAAAACUUGUUAGUCCACAUUUGCAUACCCACACUGAAGGCAACUUCACCUCUGUGAUGAAGGGCAUACACCUCAGUUUUGGGGGGUGAGAUGCUGAUGCUGAC